GUGAAACAAAUCUCCUGACAGGAGAAAAGUUCAUGCUGGAGUUUUCAAAGACCUCCGAAGGCCUUAUGAAGUCCAAGCUGAAUAUGGAGAGUUUGACCAAGCCAGAGUUGCUGAUGCUGUUCAGCAUUUUGGAAGGAGAGCUGGAGGCCCGGGACCUGGUCAUUGAUGCCCUAAAGGCCCAGCGUAAAGAGCUGUUUAUCCAGGAGCGCUACAGCAGGUACAACCUCAGUGACCCCUUCCUGGCCUUGCAGAGAGACAGCGAGGCUGUCGGGGACCAGAACAAGGACCCGGGCUGCUCCUCCCCGACCUCCAACCCGCUGGUGGUUCUCAAACUGGUGGUGAGCCACUGCAGGCGGAUGCAGGAGAAGAUGUUGGCCCAGCUGGCUGCAGCGGAAAGCAGGCACAGAAGGGUCAUCGCAGAUCUGGAGGAGGAGAAGAGGAGGCAUGCUGAGGACACAGCCGAGGGAGACGAUGUCACUUACAUCCUGGAGAAGGAGAGGGAGCGCUUACAACAACAGCUGGACUUUGAGCGCAGCCAAGUCCGGCGGCUGGAAAAAGAGCAGCGGCGGAUUACCGACCAGCUAGAAGAAGAACGCGCUCAGCACAAACAGCUCUCCUGCGCUUUGGCCAAAGAGUGCAAGUGGGCAAGUUCCAGGGCUCUGGAGGAGGGCCACCGGCUGACCGAGCUGAGCCGUAAACUUGACAAGGAGAAGGAGGCUUGUCAGGCCCUGAGAGAGGAGUUGGAGGACGAGAGGAGGAGAGCCCUGAGAAUGGAGGCGAGGGUGGAGGAGCAGCUGGCCGAGUUCGACACCGAGCGAGAGCAGCUCCGCUCGCGCUUGAGGAAGGAGGAGGCUCACUGCUGUCAGCUGCAACAACAGGUAGAAGAGCUGAAGAGGACGCUGGAGGAGGGGAAUAUGAUGAGAGAUGUUACAGCUCCAGUAGAGGCAGAGGGACACGAGUGGGCCAAUAAAGUUCCUCCAGGAAACACAGCGGUAAUCAUUAUGACAGUCGAGGACAUUGAGGAGGACAGAAACGAGCAACCUGCUCAGCCAAAAGUCAUCGAUCAGCACUGUCUGAUGGAGACCGACGGGCACCACGGUCCGAACAACGGCCUCUCGGAUAACAUCUGUGUGCAGAACGGGAAUGAAGAUUCUCAAAUUCAUCAGACCCAGACAUCAUCCUCCCCCUGCUCCUCCCCCGUCCUUGCCAAACAGCCACCAGGCAGCCCCAGCCCCGGCAGCUACCAGUCUCCCUACCAGGCCGGCAUCAACCAGCGUUUCCACGCUGCCCGUCACAAGUUCCAGGGUACCACUGACCCGGAGCCUCAGGCCCCGGCCCCACUGCCCGCUCCUCCCCUCUUGCCGAAGGACGUCUCCCCCGUGACCAGCAGCGCCUCCCUCGAGGCCAGCCCGGUCAAGCAGAUGGCCCGGAGCACAGUCACUCAAGUCCUGUCUCGCUUCACCACGGCGCAGCAGAGUGCCGCACCGAAGCUCGCGGCGCCAAACAAUUCGCCCUUCGGCACAGACUACCGCAGCCUGGCAGCGCCCCUGUCUCCGGUCAUUGGGAGGGCGGCCGGAGCACUUCCGCUGGGGAUCCGAUCCCCCACCAUCGGCAGGGCAGACAGGGGCAACCCUCCACCCAUCCCCCCGAAGAAGCCCGGUCUGGCACAGGCCCCUCCCUCCCCGGCCACAGUGCCCAGGUCUGCCAGCCACUACUCCGACAGCCCCCUCUCAGGCAGCUGUGGCCUCACCUCCAGCCAAGAGGCAGUCAAAGAACUGGACAUGGUGGUUUCUUCUAAUUAACUGAUUGUCGAGAUAUUGUUUUGUACAUGACAGGAUUUAUAUCUUUUUGAACAGAGGUCCCUUCAAACACUGUUACAAUUGUAUUUAUUCUUUAUUUUUUUAUAUAUGCGCUGAGGCACUAUUUUAGCUAGUGGUUAAAGGGCCGGUACUAAUGAAGAGUUCCACAUGGUAGUUUGUAUUUCAAAUUACAGUAAAUAUUUUUUUAUGGCGUCAUAUUUCCAAAGAAUACAAAUCAGUUCAUCAUCUGAAAAGGUAUUAUUUGAUCCCUUGUACGUUGCUUUUUAUUAAAACAUAUCCUUUAAUCUUCAGACCAAAUGUAACACCUAGUGUGUUACGAUGUAUAGAUAGCUCAUGUACGUAGUUGUCUUUUUUUAUAAAAAUGUAUAGUUUAUUUUAAUAAUGUUCCUUAGUUAUUAAUGUAUAAUAGUUUAACAACAUAUUCUAAUAAGUGUGCUGAGCUUUGAUCAUGCAUUACUUUAAUGUGCAGUUAUGAUCAUCUUAAAGGCUCAGAUUACAUGCAGGCACCAUUGUGUAAUAUUUAGUUUCAGAGCAGUGAUUCUGAUGAAUGUCAUGCUUUUGUCAUUUAUAGGAAAUCAUUAUAAAACACUCAAUUAUUUUAUAGUCAACCAUGAUUGAUUAAUACUGUAUCAUAACACAUAACACUGCUGUGUUGGUUAUUUCUACUUUUUCACAUCCUUUAUAUUUCUGUAAAUGCUGGAAAGUGAAAAAUAUAAUAAAUGAAUCCCAAAGAUUGUCACAUAUUUAUUUCUUUAUUUGCUCUCUCGUAGGACUUAUAUGUUGGCAGUAGGCGGUGCUUGUAGGUAUUAAUGCUGCUCACAGUCUGCGACUUGGAACACUUUAGUGUUGAGGUGCAACUCGACUUUUCUUUUUUUAUCAAUUAAUCUGCCAAUAAUUUCCUUGAUGAACUGAUGUAUUGUUUGGUCUUUAAAAUGUCGGUCAACUCAGAAAUGAAAACAUUUAGCAUUGUUCCAUUAUUUUCUAUCGGAUAUAAAAAGGGAAUUGGUUUGGCAUGUAUGAUUGAAAAAUGAG